UUGGCGUCAUGGCAGAGCUCACUUUCAACGUGGAUCAUGGCUAUCUGGAGGGGCUCGUUCGAGGGAUGAAGGCCGGGAUUCUGACCAGCACGGACUAUCACAAUCUGGCCCAGUGCGACACACUCGAGGACAUGAAGCUGCACCUGCAGAGUACAGAUUACGGGAAACUGCUGUCCUCAUCUGAAGAGGACCUGACUGUGUCUCUGGUGGACAGCAAGCUGAGGGCAAACCUGGUGACUGAGUUCAGCUGCCUUCGCUCCAACGCCCUGCCUCCGCUAUCAACCUUCCUUGACUAUAUCACCUACAGCUACAUGAUCGACAAUGUGGUGAUGCUGAUCACCGGGGCCCUGAAACAGAGAGAUGUGGCAGAGCUCCUCCCGCGGUGUCACCCACUGGGAGCCUUCGACCAAAUGGCAGCUGUGGGCAUCGCUCGCACCCCGACUGAGCUCUACUCAGCCAUCCUGGUGGACACACCGCUGGCUCCAUUUUUCCAGGAUGCUGUGUCUGAGUCCAACCUGGAUGAGAUGGAAGUUGAGAUCCUCAGGAACAAACUGUACAAGGCAUACAUCGAGUCUUUCCACUCCUUCUGCAAGAACAUCGGUGGUGUCACAGCAGACAUAAUGUGUCCUGUCCUCGAGUUUGAGGCGGACAGGCGGACAUUCAUCAUCACAGUGAACUCCUUCGGGACAGAUCUCAGCGGCGCAGAUAAGACUGCACUGUAUCCAUCUUGUGGCAAACUUUACCCUGAGGGGCUGCGACUGCUGGCCAAGGCAGAGGACCAUGAGCAGGUCAAAGCUGUGGCCAACUGCUAUCCAGAGUACAAGCUCAUUUUUGAUGACCCUGAGCCAGGAUCUGAUUUUAAGACUCUGGAGGACAGAUUCUUUGAACGAGAGGUGAAGCUGAACACGCUCGCUUUCCUGCAGCAGUUCCACUUCGGAGUAUUUUACUCCUACAUCAAGCUGAAGGAGCAAGAGAGUCGCAACAUUGUCUGGAUCGCUGAGUGCGUCACACAGAGACAGAAGUCCAAGAUACACAAUUACAUACCCAUCUUUCCGGGAACACAUUAACUGAGCAGUAAAGAGAUAUGUGUAGGAUAAUUUAAAGGUGCAAUCUGUAAGAAUUGGCCACCUGUGAAAUUACACUUCAAACAAUUAGAGGGCAGCGCAUCGCCAGAGUGACCGCUAACUGUAGCUGCCAUUAGUUAGUUAGCUAAGUUAGCUGUGUAGCUAGCAGUUUGGACUGGGAGCUCAGGGAACCUUGGGAGUUUCGGUGUCCACAUCCUUUUCUGCAACACAGUAUAUAUAUAAGUCAAAAAGUUCACAUUCUGUUGAUAAUUUGUUUAAUUUGUCUGCAAUUGAAAUGAUAACAUAUUGCACCUUUAACAUACAGCUAUAAGAUAUCAUACAUGGAGGUAAUAAAUGCACUUUACAAAUAA